AUGUCUAUUUCACUCUAUAAUACUUAAGAGAAGAUAAAUAACCUAAUUAGACCAAAUAUUAUCAAAAUAGUGAAUUUAUCACAUGCACAAAGACCAAUAAUAGUAUUUCAGUUUUUUAUGAUGCUAAAAGAUAGAAAUUAACUUAAAAAACUUGUUUAACCUAAUUAAAAUAGGAAAGAAAUUAAGGCUUAAAAUCCUAGUUUUUUCUUUUUUAAAGAACCUCCUGCAUCUAUCAAAUUUAUUAUUCUCCAUGAUUGA